ACACAUACACACACACACACACACAUUCCACCAGUGAGUCUCUGUUGUGAUCGCCUCGCUUCCACAAACGGCCGUGCUUUGGAUGUAGCAGCCGGCGGCUCGUGCAGGAUGGUGUGACGCUGCUCCAGUAGAGAUAGCUGGAGUUUAUGUGAGACCAGUAAUACAAAGAUGUCAAUCCCUUCCAGUUAACUACAACUCUACAGUGAUGGGGAUAUAAAGGAGAGUCUGCAGCUCUCCUCUCAGGGACAGUCUUCAGCAGCCCUUCUCUGGUCACAGGCCUGCCUAGCAUCUGAUCCAUACCAUUCCUCUCUCCAUCCACCCAUCAUUCCCCCUGUCAUGAAAGGCCUGUCCAGUAGUCGGAGUCACCAUCACGUGGUCUCCUAUGAACCAUCAUAUGAUCUACUGGGUCACCACGUUGACCGCAAGCCAUAUUUGAUCAGUCAGAAUGACAUGCCGGUGCCCAUUCCCAUGCCGCAUCCAGCUGAGCUGUCCUACUACAACGCUCAGCGUACCCCAUACCCCUCUGACAGCAACAGCAUCGUCCCUUAUGGAACCUUUCCAAGGAGGUGCCACUCCACCUCCUCAUCUCACCAUCCUGAGGUAAAGGAUGAGUGUAUGGCCAUGGUACCGUAUGUGGGAGGAGGAGGGGGAGGAGGAGGAGGUGGAGGAGGCUAUGGAGGUAAAACGCCCACCCGGGUACCAGCAAACUUUGCGGACCCGUUUGAGCGUCAGCCGUCAUUUUCCAGAGAUGGCUACCAUACACUGCAGUACAAACGGGGAGUGCUAGCCCACAGUGGGGGGAUGGGGGCCAACAACAACAACAAUGACAGCCCAGGGAGAAUUCGCCACCUGGUCCACUCAGUCCAGAAACUCUUCACCAAGUCACAUUCAUUGGAGGGGCCACACCACACACAGUCCUCCAAGGGGGCCAAUAAUGGGAGCGUUAAUGGUGGUGGUGGUGGUGGAGGAGGUGGUGGUGGUGGUUCAAGGGCCAGCCCAGAAGGUGAAACUCCACCAGUGGGAGUGCGCCACCGGAAGCGCAGCAAGAGCCGUGAGCGCUGUCGAUCAGCAGAGCCCAAGCAUCGAAGCCACCACCACCACCACCACCAGCUCCACGGCUCAGCAUCUGCUCCAGGCUCUGGAUAUUGGAGCUCAGAUGACAACCUGGAACGGGAGCUGUGUCUCUACCACCCUCACCACCACCAACCUCCACCUUCACCCUCACCCUCCAUUUCCCCCUCGCCCAUAGCCAUGACAAUGGGCCGGUAUCCCGGCAACAACCAUGACAAGUUCCCCCAAACGCCCCUCCCCAAUCUCUCCUCCUCACAGUCCCAGCAGUACUUCAUGAUGGACCCCUACGGCACACUCAACGAGCACACACACACCCACGCACACCAUGGCCACACACACCACCAUUCUGCACUCAAAGUCUCCCGGAGCAACAACGAUGUCAAGUAUGCAGCGUCGUCGGCAUGUGUGCCAGUUAGUGGUAGCAGCAAUAACAGCGGUGGCGGUAUCGUUGGAGGAAGUGGCCCCUUGCUGCCACUGGGUCUUGUGGACGGGCCCCUUGUGAAGAAAGGGGCAUGGUCAUCAAGCCUAACGGUGAGCAGGGCCCGUGAGGUCUACACCAACAACAGCAGCCACAACCAGCUACGAGCCAGCGCAGGAUCCGGUAACCUAAACCUAGAUAGAGCUCUAGUCAAAUCUAAGGGCAGUCAGCAGCAGGAGCGCUCUUGCCAUUUCUUACAGGUACCUCAGGAUGAGUGGAGUGGCUUCUCUCCUCUGGGGAAGGAGGACGACAUUCCCUGUCGGAGGAUGAGGAGCGGCAGCUAUGUCAAAGCCAUGGCUGAGGACGACAGUGGAGACUCUGACGGGAGUCCCAAACCGUCCCCCAAGGUCCAGGCACGCCGGGCCAGCUACCUGAAAGCCACACAGCCAUCACUGACUGAGAUGACCACUCUACAGAUUUCAACGGAGCACUCCCCCAAACUGCAGAUCAGGAGCCACAGUUAUCUGCGUGCGGUGAGUGAGGUUUCAAUCAAUAGAAGCCUGGAUACCCUGGACCCCAAAACCCUCCUCGACCCCAAAUCGCUGCUGUCCUCACCCCAAUACCGCUCACGCAAUGAAAGCUACAUGAGGGCCAUGAGCACCAUCAGUCAGCUGAGUGAGGUGGAGGUGAACGGGCAGAUCGAGCAGGUGUGUGAGCAGGUCUACAGUGAGAUGCAGGCCCAGGCCAUGGAGGCUGCCAUGGACAGCAUGGACACCAUGGACACCCUGCCUAUGCCAGGAUGCUUCCGGAUGCGGAGCCACAGCUAUGUGCGGGCGAUCGACCAGGGCUGUUCAGGCGAUGAGGAGGGAGAAGGAGGGAGACCGCUGCUCCUGCUGCCGUCCUCCCCACCACGCACAUCUGCCACCACCGUCAGGACCAUCCAGAGCAGCACAGUUUCUUCUUGCAUCACCACCUAUAAGAAAACUCCUCCACCAGUACCACCCAGAACGUCCACCUGUUCCACAGCCUCCAAGCCAUACAUCUCCAUCACAGCCCAGAGCAGCACAGAGUCUGCACAGGAUGCAUACAUGGAGGAGGAGGGACCCAGAGGUGACAUGACCAUCCAGUCUGGGCUCAGUAACUCAACAGAAAGCAUUGACAGCAUGAAGGCCCUGACAGCUGCCAUAGAAGCUGCUAAUGCUCAGGUCCAUGGGCCAGCCAGCCAGCAUGUCAAUAACAGCACCAUGACAGUCAACACUCCCAUCCCCUCCAUCCUGACCAGAGGACCAGCUGUUGAAGAUCACCGGGAUUUAUACAGGAAAGAAGCGUUCAGGAAGGGCAAAUGUCUCUCCAUAGGUAUCCAGGUGGAUGGACCAGAGGAGAUUCCAGAUCCAGAAGACCCAUCCAAGUUCACCUCUGUAGGGGUACAAGUGGAGGAUGACAGAGGGUAUCGCAGGUUCCAGCGCUCCAACAGUGUGACAGCAGCUGUACAGGCAGAUCUCGACAUGCCGGACCUGCUUGACACCCCUCUAGAUUCUCCGGACACUGACAUGGAAGUCCUGUCAUCUGGUGCCAUCUCUCGACAAUACUCCCGUGAUGCUGCCACCUCUACUGUCAGCAUCCAGGGCUCAGGGAACCACUACCAUGCUUGUGCAUCUGAUGACUACGACGAUGUGGGAUUUGACCCUUCCAUCCUGCCCCCUCCAGACCCCUGGAUAGACAGCGUAACCGAUGACUCACUCACUGAUGUCAACUUUAACAGCUCUGCUAUACUGGAGGUGGUGCAGCGGUCAGUGUGUCACAGAGAUGGACGUUGGUUUCUAAAGCUGCUGCAGGCGGAGACCGACCGCAUGGAGGGCUGGUGUCGACAGAUGGAGCUGGAGCAACGGGAAAACGACCUGCCUGAAGACAUUCUGGGGAAGAUGAGGAGUGCUGUAGGAAGUGCUCAGCUUCUGAUGUCCCAGAAGUUUCAACAGUUCAGGGAGCUGUGUGAGGAGAAUCUGAACCCCAACGCCCAUCCUCGUCCUGUAGCCUCAGACCUGGCUGGUUUUUGGGAUAUGCUUCAGCUGUCAAUAGAGAACAUAAGCCUCAAAUUUGAUGAGCUUCACCAGCUCAGAGCCAACAGCUGGAGACCCCUGGAUCCCCCAGAAAGAAAGGAGAGGCGGCUCCCACCUCCAGUGCCAAAAAAGCCACCCAAGGGCCCUCACCACCACCCCCCUUUGGCCAGAGACCGCUCACUGGAGAGCUCAGAGAAACAGCGGCAGGAGGCCAGGAAGCGCCUGAUGGCUGCCAAGAGAGCCGCAUCCGUUCGACAAAACUCAGCUACGGAGAGUGCUGACAGCAUCGAGAUUUACAUCCCUGAGGCUCAGACAAGGCUAUGAGGACACUAACAGGGACACACACGGUUGACAUGCAGUACAAGCUUACCAUGCAUAACACAACCCAACACUAACAUGUAUGAUUGUCCACACCAAGAUAUACAGGUGUAUCCAAAACAGAGAUACUUUAUUUAGAUGUGCACAGAUUAUAUACUGUGGAAAAUGUCUUCAGUUUUGCAGUAACAUUUUUCACAUUCAUAAACACACAGACAUCAUGCACACCGUAUUCACUCUUUACAGUGGUGUCCAUCUCUGAUAUUAAUAUGAGACUCUUUAUCAGCUCUCAGGUUCAGACAUUUUUCUUUCAAGUCAUAUAAACUUUAACCAGAUUAGCUGUUCAGAGAAAAAUCUAAUCUAAAUGAUGUUCCUUGGGUGUUUUUUUUUUUACCUCACACACACAGACACAGACAGACAGGCGAAGACAGACACACAAGGCAGGGGAAAGCACCAGAGAACUCUGGGAAACUGAGGCUUAAAGCCCGGACCAUGACAUAAUCAGACAUCAAAGCCAGACACACACACACUGUAAAAAAAGAUAAACAAUAACUACUCAAUAAAAUUGAGGCAACAGAUUGCAGGCAAUAUUAUUAAUUAAAUCUAACUAUGUUACAAGUUGAGUUAAUAACAAUUUAACAGGAAGUGCCUGUCAAUUAAAAACGGACUAAUUCUAUUGUGUUGGAUUCAUUAAAAAUUCUCUUGAUUUAGAAUUACAUACACAUAAAGAUUAUAUUUAAUGUGAUCAAAAUACGUAGAUUCUAUCUCAAACAUGUUUAUAUUAAAGUUACUUAAACAACUGCCUCAAAAUCAAGGACACAUUUAUAUUUAAUACAUUUUAUCAAAUAUAUUAAGUAAAAUGAAAUGACUACAGAAUAAUUUACUACAGUGCAGCCAGAACAGGAUUCUGAAGAGCGUUGUGUAACACAAUGCUAAUAGGUUAAUGGAGCUUUUCAAAUUUUGUCAAUAGCUUUCUGUUUUUUAACCGACAUUUCAAAUAGAUCAUUUAUUUCAAUCUGGAUCUCUUCCAAUUGCACGCACAAACUCCUUAAGAAUUCAUUCAUGAAAAAAGAUGACAAAGAUGAAAAGGAAGGACAUUUUCACUAUAAUUUUAGUUAGUUUUGUAACCACACAAUACAGUUUACUUAGUCAUCUUUUUUUUUUUUUAAACUUUCGUUUUUAUUUUUAUUUCAGUUAACGAAAAUGUUUUUUCAAUUCUAGUUUUCGUUAUUUCUUUAGUUUUCGUUAACUAUAAUAACCUUGGACAGCUCGUGACCUGUUAUGUUGAAGCUCUAAUGUUUUGUAAACCCAUUCACAAAGCAAAAAAAAAAAAAUCUAUAGAUGAGAAAAAACAUUUCCCAUAAGCAAAUGACAAAUCAACCCCUCCCCAGAUACGGACAUUAGCUUUUCCUUAGACCUCUGUCACCACUGAGUGUAACAUCAUGAAUGUGGUUGAGGCGACUGAAAGUCUGCAAAGUGAUGCCCAUAUCUAAAAUGGAUUGUUAUUGGACUGCAAUGACAUACAAAAGAUAAAGAGAUGCUGGAAAGAGAUGAGGGAAGCAGAGAACGCUAUGAUGCCAGGCUUUUCAACUCACUUUCCAGUGUGGAACAGCACAAAGCACUUUAACUUUAGAUAUAGGCAGAUGAAUUUCCUGUGGAUCUUUAAUAUCACAGACACACCUGUAUGUACAGAGGUGAUGGACAAUCAGCACAUUGUAAACCCACAAUCAUUGACUGUCUUAUGAACACACUUGAAAUGCACACUGGUUUAAACCCAACACAUACUGAACACAUCAACGCUCACAGGUAAUUCUUUCAGGUCUUGUGGCUGUAUGAACACUGCAGGCUGUUGUAAUAUAAAACAGUGUGUCUCUCUUCCCUCUGGAGAAGAGACCGCCAUGAUCACUGUUGACCUUUCAUCUUCCUCUCUAUCACCACACUAGACCAGGUCUUUAUUAAACUUAGGGACUUCAUGUAAUGAUCAACUGGCAUUUUCUUGUUCUGGUGAACCCUCUUAAAACGGGGACACUAUUCUAAAGGAAAAUUCUGUUCUUUUACAAACUUAGAUGUAUUUUCAUAGUUUUGGCUGUGAUCAUUUUUUACUCACCAGUUGGGUCACAGGGAUUAGACAAGGCGUGACGUCAAUAGGAUAGGUUAUAACCAAGUUUUCCAAAAUACUUAUUGAAAGAUUUGAUUCAAAGCUCUCUGGUGGCUGGAGUGGUUGUGACCCUUUGUAUUUGAGCAAUUCAGUUUUUGAUUAUCCAAACUACACAACCUAAGUUGUAAAUAAACAUGAUUUUCUUUGAACUCUUUCUUGUGCAACACAGAAAGCCAUCAAGUGAAUUAUGAAAUUUGGAUACUGUCCAAAACAGUGUAACAGUGACAACAAUGCCAGAUAAUGUAGGGGAGGUAACUGAUCUGGGUGUCUGGUUGAUCACCACUGGUGCAUAGGUCACACAUCUUCUGCCUCUUCAUGCCCAUCCUCCUUCUAAAAUUUGUUAUUUACAGAUAAUGUCAGGUACUCUAAAGCAAUAUUAGGUGAUAGUGAACUUUAUGAAAGUGCUAAAAGAUUUACAAUAUCUCACAAGACCCUACAAAUGAUCAAAUGUGCAGUGUAGUAUUAAUCUCAUGUCUCUUAGUAACUAGUAUGGUAAGUGAACUGCACUUAUAUAGGAAUUCUCUAGUCUUUGCAACCAAUCAAAGUGCUUUAUAGCACCCAGUCAGCCGUUCACACACACAUUCAUACUGGUGGCAGAGGCUACCCUAAAUGGUGCCACCUGCCACCAUCAGGAAUCCAUUCACACACUGAUGAACGCAGCAUCAGAAGCCAUUUGGGGUUCAGUAUCUUGCCCAAGGAUACUUUAACACGUAGGCUGCCAUGGGGAUCGAACCUCCGAUCGCCAAAAGCCAUGUUUCUAGUUUAAGAUGUUCAAAUGCAUUUUUUUCUUCUUUAGCUCGAUGUUUAGUGAUGCUAAGAUUUAAACUAGUUGGAAAUCUAAUUGGUAGUAACACAGAUAGGAUCUGACAAAAAUCAAAGCUGCAAUUGUCCCUAUGUACAUAACCAUCACACGGUUUUGGAUAGAGAGGGCUAUAAAUCUACCCAUUAGUAGUCAUCCAUUGGUUGCCAAACAAGAGCUCCCAGGGACCUGGAGUUAAUUAAAAUUAAUUAGUUCCCUGAACAAGUAUUUUUCAAUACUCCAGACAGACUAAAACAACACAAAAUUAAGUAUGUCUUGAUUCAUUUCUUUUGUUCAGUUAAUAGGAUGCACAAAGGUGAGAGCAUUUUUAAUCUACACUGCAUCUUUGACCAAUUUUGUCAAGAGUCAUGACCAGCUGAUAUGAUGGUGUCUGAGAUGGCCUGACAUUGUUAUCCGCUGUAUACAAUACCACCUGUUCUACACUGCUGAAAGUUGUUUAGCUUCACGAGGCAAUUUUGAGUAAAAUAUGCAGCUCCAAAUGUUUUUGAGAGGAAACUGAACUCUAUUGACCAAGGGCCUGGUCACAUCAGACAAGUUGACAUUCCUUCAUGUCACUGUAUCUACAGACAAUGUCUGUUCAGGUUCAACUGAAAUGCCCAACAAAGUUGCUAGAAUAAAUGUUGGCAUUGUGUGUUUACAGAUACAGAUACAGAUAAAUCUAGAUAGAAUCUAGUUUCUGAAAUUCUGCAGCCAUUCUAUUCCCUUCUCAUGAUGCACUGGGGUCACAUUUUUUGAAAAAUUCAAACAAAACUACUUUGUGAUUCUUAGGCAACAAAACUACUUGGUUAAGGUUAAGAAAAAGUCAGGGUUUGGGUAAAUAAAGUUAAAAAAAAAAACCCUACUUCCAUAAAAAACUACUGGAUGGAGUUUCAAUACAGAUUUUGAGGGAAAAAAGGACUUGGGCAUCAGUAGAAUGUGCAGUCUUUUUCUCCAGACUUACGUACUGCACUUCUAAUUUACAGGUUAACCCAAUAAAAUAACUCUGGACAUGAACACCAGUCUCCUGGAUGAAAAACUCAUCCACCCACCCUGGCCUCCUACCUCCUCUGACUCUAGAUAUCUGUGGUUUGGCAACUUUUUUCUGCUCAGUGGGCUGGUCAGCCAUGAACUAUAGAACCUGCUGAGCUAAGAAGAUGGCCUUUAUUUUUGGGCGUUGCAUCCUCCUCAGAGGUCAGCCCCUAGUUUACAGAAAUAAUUCACAUAUCACAACAGUGAAAUAUACAGUGAGGUGUAUUUUGAGACCACGGCUACAUCCACUGCUUAUAAAAAUUCCUUUCAGUUGAAUCACGGAAAAUAUCGAUGUCAUUUGUAUAAGUGUGGCCAGGCUCUCAGUCAUACACACCCUGUGUAGGGUGAUGCAAAUCAACUUCUUAAUGUGUGCUGAUGGUUCAUCAAUACUGGUUUCUGUGUUAUAUUUAUACUUCACUUCAGAAUGAAUUGAAGUUGAGGGGAAUUGUCCUAUUUCUCUACUUGCACGAGUCCUUUUUCCUGUGCAUGCUACUUGAAAGAGUUCUUCUUCUUAAAGAUGAGAGUUUUAGAAUUAACACCACUAGCUGUCCAUGCACAGUUCAUAGUCUUGUGCAUUGUGAUGGAACAGAAAUGACAAUAUGGCUGGAUUAUAAAACAACAAUGUGAAAUAUUCUUUUUUUUUGUUUGUUUGUUUUACUUUCAAGAAGUAUGUUAAGCUGACAGUAGCAAAUAUGAAAGACUUGACUUAAAAAAUAUUUAAAACAUUUAUAAAAAAUAAUUUAAACACACCUAUCUGAAUGUUGCAAAUACAGUCAAACUAUUCUAAGCAGUUGUUUGGAAAUACAUUUAGCGUUAAAAUGCUCUUUGCUCCUGAGUUCCACUGUAUUAAGCUCUUCUCUGCAUAAAUCACAGAAUUUAAAUAUAUUCGGUAACACUUUACAAAAACCAACUAAGUAAUGUUCAUAGAUGGUUUAUAGACCAAUUAUUAACCAUUUACAAAGUGCUAUACAUAUUUAAUCUUUAAAUGUUUUCAAAGGUAUAUGAAUCAUUUCAAAAUCAUUAACAUACUUAAUAUGGUGUUAAAAAUGUUAAAAUGAGUGCAGCUAACACCAUUAAUAAACUAUUAAUUAUAAUUUAAUUGUUUGUUAAUGGCAAAGUAACUAUAAACUUACAUUAAUAUACGAUCUAUUUCCCAUUUAUAAAUAAUGUAGUUAGUUAAACAUUAAUAAAUGAUGUAUUUACCAUUCUAAAUGGCCUAUAUACGGUUUAUAAAUGGUGAUUAAACAUCAAUAAACUAUCUGUUUACCAUUUAUAAAUGAUGGUUAUUCUAAAGAGUUACCCAUUUUUUUAGUUAUACUCAGCCUGUAUAAUUAAUUGUAAAAUGUUUUCUGUGUCUCGUUUCAGAAAAUAACCCUGAGGAUGUCAUUAUGAUGUCAGGAAGGGUCACUUUCAAGUUGCAUUAUGGAAAAUGGACUAAAAGUUACGAUAAUUUUUCUCUGAUGCUUCAAUUUUGACCACUCUUUUCAUUCCGUCUUUGGUGAGCCUCCUAGAUUUAUGAAAGUCAAGUACUAAAUUGCUGGAGUUCCCCUUCAGUGCCAAAAAAGUAUUAACAAAAACAAGAUAAUAUUAAAAAGCACACCAAACGUAUUAUUAAGUUUGGACUCAUCACUGUGCAGAGACAUCUCCUAGUGAACACAACAACAGCAGGUUUAAUUUAGGUUUUAAGGGUUCAACAUACAGUAUGGAUGAGAUGCUGCCGUCUAUUACUGCUACACUAACUGACCAGAGUUAUAAAGUGCCAUAAAAAUACAUUCCAAAUCCAUAUUUCAUAUCCCACAGUUGCACUGCACAGCUGGACGACAGCUGGUUUUAACGGUGACUAAGAAAACAUCUUUGGGGCCAAGAUGAUUUUUUUAAGAACCACUUCAUGUUGUUUAUCUGUGAUAAUACCAUUUAUAUUACUACUACUAAUGCCAACAUUUUAUUGUUACAACCUCUUAUAUAACUGCCAUUCAAUUUUUGUAGAGCAACUAUCUGGAAAUCAAAAGUAGGAUUCACAGGACUCUACAGACUAUUCUUUUAUGCUGACGAUGAUGUGUUGUUGAUGAAAGUAUUCAGUAUUUAUUUUCUUCUUUUGUAAAGAUUAGUUGUGCGUGUGUGUGGGGAGAUGGUGUAAUUUUGUACAGGAUCUAAUUACCUCUAUGUUUAAAUGAUGAUGACAGUGACAGUGACAAUGACGGUGAGCCAUAUUCAAUGUGAAAUACCCUUAUCAAGAGGAAAGGGCCAUACAGAUGCUGAAAGAGUUUUUGUUUUUGUUUUACUGUUUACUGACUCAUUUCUUUAGUGUUCCAGUAGCAAGCUUCCUGUCUGUAUGUUUGGGAGGAACAGUAGAGCAGAAUCAACACGAUGUGAACAUGAACCAGGGGAAACAGGAAGACAGACAUAUUAGUAAUCUUUAGUGUGUAUUAGACUCUAAAAGCUUCUCUAAUAAAAGCCUGGAUGACUUUUCACACACAUUAGCCACUGGCCUCCUAGUUGGAGAUUCAAAAUGAUAAAUGUGAAAUAUUAAAACAAAAAGGUAGGAAACUAUGGAAGAUCAGGGCAGACAAUAUUCCAUUUUCUAUUUUUAUACCCGGGAGCUGUGACAAAAUUUAACUAAAUAGCUGCGAAAGGAUUAAAAUGUCACGUUUGAAAAUGCAUAAUUAUUGCAAAAUAUAAUUCUCCUAAUAACACAAUUCCUCUAAAAAACUGUAAAAAAUACUGUUUUGGCUGAUAUAUACAUUCACGGUAUUUUAUUGUUAUUGAAACUGAAUUAACCCAUUUAUUAUUUUACAGUCUUUUACUGUCAUGGUUUAGCAGUCAUUUUUUACAGUGUAUGCCUGUUUCUGAGACCUGCUCCUCUAUAAUCGCCUUGCAACAUUUAACUUUAAAUGGUUAGCAAAAGGUUUGAAGUAUUUAGGAAUAUAACUGAAGCCAGAUAUAGGAGAAAUUAUUACGGCCAACAUGGAAACACUGCUAAAAAAGCUGACUUUAUUGGGGAAAGUGAACAUCAAGAUCAGGGCUGACACUAUUCCAUUUUCUAUUUUUGUAGCUGAGAGCUGUAAGAAAAUGUAACUAAAUAUCUGCUAAAGGAUUAAAAUGUCACGUUUGAAAAUGCAUAAUUAAUGCAAAAAAAAAUUCUCCUACUAACAUAAUUCCUCUACUUGAAAGCUGAUUGAAAGCUUUAAAAAAAAAACAACUAAAAUGUGAAAUGAACUUAAUGUUUUCAAUUUGGCAGAAACUGUGCCACGAAAAUCUGAAGAUGAGAUUGGACAAACCUGAUUCCAAAAAGGUUGGGACAUUGUGUAAACUUUAAUUAAACAGAUUUGCUAAUUCUGUGUUUUUGGACAUAUACACUAAAUUUGUUGCCUUCUAUUUUUUUAAGUUUUACAUUUACAACUUUUUUUUUUUAACCCUCUGGAGUCCAUGAAACAAUCGGCACAUGACUUCUUCAUGACGUGAAGACCUUGCCAUAAGCUUCCCUCUAAAUUUUUGGCUUGAAACUCUUUUUUUGAUGAUAUUCAGCCAAGUAAAACCAGAGAUAAUGUCAAAUAUAUUUAGUAUAAAAAUAUAGAACUAAAUAUUAUCCUCAAUUUACCUGUUAUAUGUUAUAUUUGCAACUUGUGUUCAUUUUUGCAACAUGUAAUUUUCAAGAUCAGAUUUUAUGUUUUCCUUUGUUUCUUUCGGGUUCAAAAUUUUGAUCAAGUAAGUCAAAGUUAAAAAUUAAUUAUCAGGACAUAUAGGUGAGGUUGCACUGAAAAAACUGAUACAAACAUGGCAUGGUGAAGAUUUUUUAACAUAAUAGCUGAAGAUUUCAGAGGGUUUUCAGUUUUAUUUGUACUAUAAAAACGGCAUAAAACAGAGAAAAAUAUGUGAUGCAACAGGAGAAGCCACAAGCUUAUACUAUACUGUACCCCCCAUAUUUAAGAAUAAAAAAUAAAAUAUAAUUUCUAAACUAAUAUGUUAAGAAAAAUAAAAAUCUAUCAGUGUUAUGCUUGAGAAUUAUUUUUCAGCAGAAUUAAAUCGGGUCAUUGUUGCAUUAAUUAUACAUUUUCAAACAUGUAAAUGAUUGAGGAUUAUUACAUUUAUGCCUAAAUGUGGGCCGUUUAGGCACACACACUGAAAAUUAAUGUUCAGUUUUAUGUAAUAAUAAUAAAAACAUAUAUACAUUUUUUUAUUUAGAUUUAAAUUGCCAGUCCUGGACUUUCAUAGAGGACAACCUUGGAUGUAAUGCUGCUGAAAACCCAAGUAACUGCAACCAAUGGUGUGUUUGAGCUGGCUCUGUGUGCUUUUUUUCCUCAGGAAGAGUUGGGAAAUGUAGUCUACAAAAUCAGGGUCUCCCAGACAUGCUAGUCUGUUACUUAACCUGUGAGUGGGAGAGUCUAUGUGUUAUACAGUUUGUAUGCGUUUCAUAUGUAUAUACUACCAUUAUGGAAGAUGCACGAUGUGUGUGCGAGGUCUUUAUAAAGUGCUUCCUGAGUCCCUUGUUUUCUAUGUCGGGCCUUUUCUCAGUAUGGUCUAGUAGCCUCAUAGAAUCAUUCUGUACAUUAACUCUCCAUUCGUACCUGCGACAGAUCUCUUGUGCUUGUACAGAAAAUGACUGAGGGUGUUUCAUAACGCAUGCAGACACAAUAUUAGUACUUAUGAAUCUAUAUCUAAGUUGAAAAUAUGUAUUUGGUUUAUUUAUGCUAUUAUUUAUUGAUUUUCUAAACUAUGAGGUUCUGUUAAAGUGGUCUGUCAUGCUCUUCUGAUCUUAUGUUGUAAUGUAAAGACACGAUUACAUGCCCAUAACUAUUGAUAAACCCAUAAUAAAAUUAACUAUCAGCUCUUC